UGGCACUUUUAGGAGGGUCCUCCUGAACACACACACAUAUAUAUACACGCACACACACUGAGGUGUAAGGAGUUAGAGGAGCCGCUCUCUGCUCCUCCUCUUUAUCCACUGUUGUGUACAGGAGCACCACCAUCACUACCGACAGCCGCGGCGGGAGCAACACCGACAGCAGCGCGGGCUGAUGGACUUGUUGUGACGGCGGCGGAGCUGCGGGCGCCGCCGGCUCCCCAUGACCGCACCAUGAAGCGUCUCUGUCGGAGGCUGGCGGUGGCCGUGGCGGUGCUGGUCUGGCUGGGAGCACUGGUUUACCUGCUGGUACUGAGCCGGAGGAGGCUGCCGGAGCUCGGUGCCGGAGCAGGAGGAGCAGCGGGGGGAGGAACGGGAGGAGCAGAGAGCGCCUACAGCAGCCAGAUUUCAGAUGCGGAGUGGGACGACAUGUUGGACGGUUUUGAUGAACGUAGCUACCUGAACGCGCGGCGCUGGAAACCCGGCGACGACCCGUACACUCUGUACGCCUUCAACCAGAGGGAGAGUGAACGCAUCCCCAGCAACAGAGCGCUGAGAGACACCAGGCACCACAGGUGCACCACCCUCCACUACGACACCGACCUCCCCCCCACCUCCAUCGUCAUCACCUUCCACAACGAGGCCAGGUCCACGCUGCUGCGCACCGUCAGGAGCGUUUUAAACAGAACUCCAGUUCACCUCAUCCACGAGAUCAUCCUGGUGGACGACUUCAGCAACGACGAAACUGACUGUCAGCUCCUGACCAGACUGCCCAAAGUCAGAUGUCUGCGCAACAACAGGAGGGAAGGUCUGAUCAGGUCCAGAGUACGGGGGGCAGACUUGGCCAGGGCCGGGGUCCUGACCUUCCUGGACAGUCACUGUGAGGUCAACAAAGACUGGCUGCCCCCACUGCUGCAGAGGAUCAGAGAGGACUCGACCCGUGUGGUCAGCCCGGUCAUCGACAUCAUCAACAUGGACACCUUCGCCUACGUGGCAGCGUCGGCUGAUCUUCGUGGAGGUUUUGACUGGAGUCUACAUUUUAAAUGGGAGCAGCUGUCGCCAGAACAGAGGGCGGGACGCAGCGACCCCACUCAGCCAAUCAGGACUCCCAUCAUCGCCGGCGGCCUCUUCGUGAUCGACCGCUCCUGGUUCAAUCACCUGGGAAAAUACGACACCGCCAUGGACAUAUGGGGGGGGGAGAACUUUGAAAUCUCCUUCCGGGUGUGGCAGUGCGGGGGCAGUCUGGAGAUCCUGCCCUGCAGCAGGGUGGGCCACGUCUUCAGGAAGAAACAUCCCUACGUCUUCCCCGAGGGAAACGCCAACACUUACAUCAAGAACACCCGUCGUACAGCUGAAGUGUGGAUGGACGACUUCCGUCUUUUUUACUACUCUGCUCGACCUGCGGCUCGAGGGAAGGCGUACGGAGAUGUCCAAAGUCGAGUAGAACUUCGUAAGAAGCUGAAGUGCAGAUCUUUUCAGUGGUACCUGGACAACGUUUACCCCCAACUGAAGGUUCCGGAUGAUUCCGACUCUCGGUCCGGGGUGAUCCGACAGAGACAGAACUGUCUGGAAUCUCAAAGGCUGGAAGGACAGGAACUUCCUGUCCUCACGCUGGCUCCUUGUAUCGGGAAAGAGGGAGUUCCUGCCGUCACCCAGGUCAGUUCGUCAGGAGGGGAGGGGGAGUGACAUCACCGUGGCUCCGGGUCACACUCGGAGAAGUCUGAGUCAGGGUUUGAAUCCAAGUCCAGGUCAUUGUGCAACAUUCCAGGUUUUGGAUGUCUCCAAACAGUCCAGCUCUUUGAUAAUUUAAUUUCUUUCUAAAAAUCAGCCUUAAUUGAUUGGACUUGAAGU